UUCCAUUAGCCACACAUCACAGCUUUGUCAACAUCAACAAUGUCCACAAAUUGUCGCGAGUCUUAUCUACCGUAGCCAGUAGCUAUAGCGUUGGUGGGUCACGUUACGUAGUUAGGUUACUUUAGUAAUCCGUUAUAAUGCCAACACCUUGGUCGAGACGGUUGACUAGUCCGUGUAAUGUUUUCAUGUAUACGGGCAAAACAAAAUGCCAAGCGAUUUAGCGAAUGGUGCUUUACAAAACACGUGGUCACCCACUGCUACAGAAGCUUACAACCAAAUACCCUCCUCAAUGUACUAUCUUGUCUGGUGCAUUGCGAACAGAUUAUGCACUGUGAUUCUGUUGGUCUUCCUUGUUUAAACAAAAAGGUCCAGUUGUCAAUUCAUAUAUAUUAAGCGUGCAUCUUCGGUAACGUUGGCGAUUGGGCGUGUGCUCCACUUGUGACUUCCUGUUGACACUGGAGCGGAAAUAGGAAGUUUGUCAGUAAAGUUCACACUCACCACAGUUCUUGUACAAUUCUGUUUUACAGACUUAAAACAAAACAGACGUAUCUUAUAUGACAUUUAAAACAGAACAUGGACAAGCUUCGUCGUGUAUUAGGCGGUCAAGAUGAAGAGGAUCAAGGCGGGCUGACUGAGAUCCUGGAUGAAUCCACACUCAGCUACAGCACGCGGUUCAAGUGCUUCAUCGCCUGCUUCGCCGGUGGCGUCCUCUGCUCCAUUCUGGGGACUGCACUGCUUUUCUUACCAAAUGGCGUUCCUCUCUUUGCUGUUUUUUACACAAUUGGAAAUGUUGCAGCCUUACUGAGUACCUGUUUCCUGAUGGGACCGCUGAAACAACUGAAAAGAAUGUUUGAGCCCACUCGACUGGUGGCGACAUGUGUGAUGCUGCUUUGCCUGAUUCUGACACUGUGUUCAGUCUUCUGGUGGCAGAAAAGAGGCUUGGCAAUCAUCUUCUGUAUACUACAGUUCUUGGCAAUGUCCUGGUACAGCAUCUCCUACAUCCCAUUUGCAAGGGAUGCAGUGAUGAAGUGUUUCACCACUUGCUUGACUUGAACUCCACUUCCUCUCUGAGAUGAAUUCCACCAUUGAACCAAACAAACAAAAACUCCUUUUUUUUUUUUUACUCUGUCUUUAGUUUCAUGAGGCAUAAUGAGUGAGCACUUCAGGAUUUGAGAGCAGCAAAUACAGAACUUUCAAUGUUUCAAAUAUGGAGCUAAUCAUAUGGUUAGUUUUUAGACAAGUGUGACUCCUUCCAAAAGCUCCACCUCUUCAUUGUGCUGAAGUCUAAUUGAGCAAGCUUGUAAAUCAUAUGCAAACAAAUGGCACAUCUGUCAAGGGAAUCUUUCUUCUCGAAUGUAUAAGUAGCUGUACGGUAUACAUAUUUCAAAAAAUAUUUUGAAAUCGCAUGAUUGUGAUUGAUAAUUUAUUGAGUGCACAUUUAGUUUGAAGUGAAUAUUUUCAUCAGGGGAGAGGUACUUUGGAAUAGAUAAAGUAUUUAAUAUGUUUUUAAUGUGCCUUUUCAUUGAAUGUAAUAGUGUCAUUACUGUCUAUUUUGGAGGUUGAGGGAUUGUGUACUCUAAAAGACUAUCAAGCUUUGAUAGGUCAUUUUUCUUUAUACAAAAAAAAAACAUUUUUCACUGUGUGUUUACUUUGCAUACUUGAAAUUGUAUUUUUAAAGGUUUAACUGCCACAACCUGAUUGUAAAUUGUGAAACAAAGUUACGUUAUACUGUAUAAUUGUCAUAAUCAUCAUUACACAAUUAUCAUAGGAGCUCCCAAGUGAAUGUGCCCAUAAUAAGCACAGGAUUGUUGCAAUAUGGUGGUUCUGUCAGUAAAUGGGCUUACCGCAAAUACAGGAUUAACUUCAUACAUUGGCACAGUCAGUUCCGAGCAAAGCGCAAUCGGGUGCGUCUCAGCCAGGAACGAUUUUUCCAAAUUGCUCAUUUAGUCAUGUGCAAAUAGAAUAUUUUUUGCCUCUACAGGUUUGGUAGUGGUGUGGUUGUGGUGUGCAAUGAACCUGUUGCAUCAACAUGGGUUAGGACAGUGGUCUCAAAUUCUAUGUACUAUGGUGUGCUGUGUGUAUGCUGUUUUGAUACCGUGUGUAUGUUGUGUAUUUACUGAAUUAGGGCUGUAGGUUUGCACAUAAUGUAUAUAAAGUGUCUUAUUUCUGUUUGCUAAAUAACAACUGUUGAUGAUAUUCUGUGCUUUAAUGCAGUUAAAUGUAUAUUUAAGUCAUAAAUAUAUUAAACUGCAUUAAAACGGUUGUUCUCAAACUCGGUCCAGGGGAGCCUCUGUGUGUGCUGGUUUUUGUUCCAACCACAACUGCAAUCCCAUAAUUUAACGGGCUGUUGUUUUUUCAUAAUUAGGUGCUUUUAUUUAGCCACUUUACGUCAGAAGUAGCUCUCCCAGCUGUGAAGCAUAAAUGUCCCAUGUUCACAUUUUGCUAUACUGCAGACAUGCAUAAGAAAAAGGUAGCUGUUUUCUUAACUCAACAAAUUAAGGUUUGACUGAUUAUCAUUUCCUGACUUUGAAUUCAUCAUCUACCAAAUGGUUAGUUUUGUGGCCAUGUGUCCACACCAAUUUGGAGCCUUUUGAUUAAUCUCAAUAUUUAAUAUGAUCAGUUGUGUAUCACAUGCAUUUGUACACUCAGUGACCAAUUUGGAUGUGUUUUUGUUUUUCACACAAUUAUCUGUAAACUUUAGAGACAGUUAUGCAUGAAAAUACCAGGUGAUCAGCAGUUACUGACAUAUUGAAACCUGGCACGAACAAUCAUUCAUAUACAUAUGACUGGGACCCGCAAAGGUCGGUGGUUUGAUCCCUGGUGUAGCCACAAUGAGAUCUGCAGAGCCAUUGGGCCCUUGAGCAAGGCCCUAGCAUUGCUCCAGGGGAGGAUUGUCUCAUGCUUAGUCUAAUCAACUGUACGUCGCUCUGGAGCGUCUGCCAAAUGCCAAUAAUGUAAUGUAAUUCCAUGGUCAAAGUCCCUUAGAUCAAAUCUGAUAUUUCGUCUGAACAGUGACAACCUAAUUUCUGACGUAAUGUGGCUUGAGGGUCAAUAAUCCCUUCUAAACCUGAUAAAAAAAAAAGAACAGCUUGUUAAAAUUCUGGGAUUGCAAUUGUGGUUUGAACAAAAACCACACAACCAUUGAUUUGAAGCUUUCGGCAUUGUGCAAGUUUUGUGUCGAAUAAUUAAUUUGCGUUUUAAGUUCAAUCAUAAGGCUAAGGUUUUGGCAUUAUAUUUUUGCGUAACUUUAUGUCAAUAUAAAGAGAGCUCUAUUCCUUAUUGGAUUUGCUAUUUACAUGAGAUGAUAUAUACUUUUAAUUUAGUUUUAUGAUAUAUACUUUGUUCAUUCAUCAAACCAGCUCAACAAGAAUCUGCUGUAAUUUUCUUUAACAUUGCACCUGAUAAAAAUGUGAAAUAUGUCCAUAGCUGUGUGUUUGCUUCAUCCAUAAAUUGGCUUAUUCUGAAGUAGCAUUUUGUGCUUUUCUCGAACACAGAAUUAUUUAAAUGAUUAAUGGUGUUCCAUUACAUUUAGAGCAGUUUCAUUUGGAAGAGGUUGUGAUGUUACUUUUGUGUUACUUUCAACAUAUUUUGAAAGUAACAUAAAACUGAAGCUGAACUUUCAGGAAAAACAUCAGCCCAAAUGUGCCAUUUCAUCAGAUACCUACCUUCUCUGUAUUCCAAUGGUGCACUACAAAAGAACAGAACAAUGCUUCUCAUGGUCUUAUACAGUGGAACAGCCUGCCUUUUUAGAUCAGAAUUGAAUCAGAAGAUUUAAAAAGUCAAUUGAAAACACAUUUUUACACCAGCUUCUAGUUCAUUUUGAUUGUUUUUCUUCUUAUGGUUUUAUAUUUAUUUAUUUUUGUUCCAAAAAGUAUUUCUCAUCUUCUGAAGUUUAUUAUAAACGCUUGAUUAUUUUAAGUGUUCUUCCUUUUUAUUUAACCGUCUGCUUUCUUGGAACAUUAUUUUUAUCAUAUCAUCUUUAUAUCUCCUGUUUUCUGCAAAGCACUCUGGGCUUGAAAGGUGCUAUAUAAAUAAAGUGUAAUAUUAUUAACAAUA